AAGUGACCGAACCAAAAAAAAAAAAAAGCAAAAGGUAAAAUAGAGAGAAGAGAGAGAAAGCAGAGAGAGAAAGAGAGAACAAAAUCGAAAAAAGAGAGAGAUCAGAAGAGAGAGAAGAGAGAGAGAGAGUGGAGAGAAUUUCUUCGUUGAGACCAAAAAGUAUGUAGCUUUGUUUGUUUGAAGAGAUGAUGAUUAUGAAUUUCUGAUGAUGAUGACGAUGAACAAGUGAAAGGCACUGCGUUAAUCUGGUUAAUGAAGAUUUGACGAGGAAUUAAUCUUUGAGAGAGUUUGUUUCAGAUUUUCAUGGUGAUCUCAAUUUCAAUUUCAGAUCGAUUCUUCCUGCAUUGAUUCUCUCUCUAUUUCAUUUUCUCAAUUGGGUACGCAGAGAAAGUGUUACUUUAGUGUGUAAUUAAUUUACCAAAUUGCCAAUGAACGGUGGCGGCGGAGAUGGGGUAUCGGCUUCGGCUGCAUCGGCGCCACUCGAUUGGAAGUUCUCCCAGGUGUUUGGGGAACGUACGGCUGGCGAAGAAGUUCAGGAAGUUGAUAUUAUAUCUGCCAUUGAAUUUGAUAGAACUGGUGACCAUCUGGCCACUGGAGACCGUGGAGGCCGUGUUGUUUUGUUUGAAAGAACAGAUGUUCGGGAUCAUGCUGCGGAUCGGAGAGAUCUAGAGAGGACCGAGUAUGCAAUCGGUAGACAUCCCGAGUUCCGUUAUAAAACUGAGUUUCAAAGUCAUGAACCAGAGUUUGACUAUCUCAAGAGUUUGGAAAUUGAGGAGAAGAUUAACAAGAUCAGAUGGUGCCAGGCAGCUAAUGGUGCUUUGUUUCUUCUUUCGACAAAUGACAAAACCAUAAAAUACUGGAAGGUUCAGGAGAAGAAGGUUAAGAAAGUAUGUGAAAUGAAUUUGGAUCCUUCGAAGGCUAUGGGAAAUGGUCCUGUUGGUGGCAGUGUUUUAACAGGCUCCAAAAGUUCUCUUCCCAAUGGAGGAUCUAAAGAGAGAACCACCAGUUAUCCAAGCAAUGAUACUUUUCCAUCUGGGGGGUUCCCAUCCCUGAAAUUACCCACGGUAGUGACUCACGAGACAAGUCUUAUGGCUAGAUGUCGAAGAGUCUAUGCCCAUGCGCAUGACUAUCAUAUCAAUUCAAUUUCAAAUAACAGUGACGGUGAAACUUUUAUCUCAGCUGAUGACCUCCGAAUUAACCUUUGGAACUUAGAAAUUAGCAGUCAAAGUUUUAAUAUCGUUGACGUGAAGCCUGCAAACAUGGAAGAUCUAACUGAGGUGAUCACGUCAGCAGAAUUUCACCCUACUCAUUGCCAUAUGUUAGCAUAUAGUAGCUCUAAAGGCUCAGUCCGCCUCAUUGAUAUGAGGCAGUCGGCUUUAUGUGACACUCACAGUAAACUAUUCGAGGAACAGGAAACCCCUGGUUCUAGGUCUUUUUUCACUGAGAUUAUAGCUUCCAUCUCGGAUAUUAAGUUUGCCAAGGAUGGAAGGCAUAUUCUCAGUCGUGACUACAUGACCUUAAAGCUUUGGGACAUAAAUAUGGAUUCUGGUCCAGUUGCAACUUUCCAGGUUCAUGAAUACUUAAGGCCCAGGUUGUGUGACUUAUACGAAAAUGAUUCCAUCUUCGAUAAAUUUGAGUGUUGUCUAAGUGGAGAUGGACGCCGAGUGGCAACAGGUUCCUACAGCAAUCUUUUCCGUGUGUUUGGUUGUUCUGAAGGUAGCACAGAAGCUACAACAUUGGAAGCCAGCAAAAACCCGACGAGGAGACAAGUCCAAAAUCCAACAAGGCCUGCAAGAUCACUGGGCAGCCUUCCCCGAGUUCUGCGGCGAGGUGCGGAUACCUCUGGAACCGAUGCAAACGGAAAUGGUUUCGAUUUCACAACAAAGUUGCUCCAUCUUGCUUGGCAUCCAACCGAAAACUCACUUGCCUGUGCUGCUUCAAAUAGCCUUUACAUGUAUUAUGCAUAGAUAUGGUCUCUGGAAAGCUGUACUUUUUUGCUGGAAGAGAGCUUUUUGGACAAGGCCUGGCUGGUUACUUACUUACCGUCUUCCUUCCCUUAUUAACGACGUGGAAGCUGCCAAAUUACCCGAACCCCACUAUUCACUAAGACUAACUUCCCUAGGUCAGGAUACCAUUUUCUCAUAUGUAAAAUUUUUGAGGAAGAAACCGAAAAGCCUAUUUCUCCCAAGUCCUCCGACCCAACAAAAUCCGCCGUUUCAAGAUUGCAGAACUCUUACCGCUUAUUGUUACUAAAGUCGAAAAUCAGACAGAGGAGGGAGGGACUGACUGGCAGAAGUAGUUGCUCUCUGGUGCUUCAAUUCUCACUGAUACUUCUUAGGCCUUCAUCAACUUUGUAUUAUUUGGAUUUAGUAUAAGGGUUUCGAAAUUUUUAUCAUGAUUAUUGUUUUUCAUUUGUUAUUUCCAUCAUCCUUCGAUGCGAUCGGUCUAAGUUCUAACCAUUCUUUCCACUCUUUCAGAAUUUGCUGAUUUGUUAUGAUCUUUGCCAUCUUCUCAAUCCUUUGGGAUUGAAGUAGAAAGUGGGGUUCUCAUACAAAUCAUUCUUUCAACAGUCAAUUCUCUUGGAAACCAAGAAUUGUGGGGUUUUCUUUUUAUAUUUUCUUCUUUUUAUUAUUAAUUAAUUAGUUUUGUUUUUUGGGGGGUUUAGUUAAGUGUUUAGUUACUCUAUUUGUUAGCAGCCUGCCCAUCUCCAUAAGGUGAAGAAACAUCAUAUGUUGAAGCCUAAUGUACUUUUUGUUGAAUAAAAUGAUAUGAUUAUUACUAUCA